GUGUGACGUCACAACGGCUAUGGUGGCUGCAUAGUGACACGUCUUGCUGUGUGCGGCUCGCGGGGCGGCCUGCGUUCUCGCCAGAUCCCGGAUGCUGGCUCGGCCCGCGUGAGCCCCGGCGGCGUGGAUGAGCGGCCAUGGCGGGGCAGCAGUUCCAGUACGAUGACAGCGGCAACACCUUCUUCUACUUCCUCACCAGCUUCGUGGGGCUCAUCGUCAUCCCCGCCACCUACUACCUGUGGCCCCGGGACCAGCACGCCGAGCAAAUUCGAUUAAAAAAUAUAAGAAAAGUAUAUGGAAGAUGUCUGUGGUAUCGUUUGCGGCUAUUAAAACCACAACAAAACAUAAUUCCUUCAGUAAAGAAAGCAAUUCUUCUUGCUGGAUGGGCACUGUUUCUGUUUCUUGCAUACAAAGUUUCCAAAACAGACAGAGAAUAUCAAGAAUACAACCCUUAUGAAGUCUUACAUUUGGACCCAGGAGCAACUGUAUUGGAAAUUAAAAAACAAUACCGUGCGCUGUCACUAAAAUACCAUCCAGAUAAAGGAGGAGAUGAAGUUAUGUUCAUGAGGAUUGCAAAGGCUUAUGCAGCUUUAACUGAUGAAGAAUCUCGAAAAAAUUGGGAAGAAUUUGGCAACCCAGAUGGGCCACAAGCUACGAGCUUUGGUAUUGCAUUGCCAGCUUGGAUUGUGGAUCAGAAAAAUUCUCUCUUGGUUUUGCUGGUAUACGGACUAGCAUUUAUGGUUAUUCUUCCAGUUGUUGUGGGUUCUUGGUGGUACCGAUCAAUACGCUACAGUGGAGAUCAGAUUCUCAUCCGCACAACUCAAAUCUAUACAUAUUUUGUUUAUAAAACGCGAAAUAUGGAUCUGAAACGGCUUAUAAUGGUUUUAGCAGGAGCCUCUGAAUUUGACCCUCAGUAUAACAAAGAUGCUACAAGCAGACCAACAGAUAACAUUCAGAUACCUCAGCUAAUCAGAGAGCUUGGAAGCAUUAAUUUAAAGAAGAAUGAGCCUCCGCUUACCUGCCCUUACAGCUUGAAAGCCAGAGUUCUCUUACUGGCUCAUCUUGCCAGGAUGAAAAUUCCUGAGACACUUGAAGAAGAUCAGCAAUUUAUCCUGAAAAAGUGUCCUGCUUUACUUCAAGAAAUGAUUAACGUAAUCUGCCAAUUAAUAAUAAUGGCGCGUAGCCGUGAAGAAAGGGAGUUUCGUGCUCCAUCAUUGGGAUCUUUGGAAAACUGUAUGAAGCUUUCCCAGAUGGCUGUCCAAGGGCUUCAGCAGUUCAAGUCUCCCCUUCUGCAGCUCCCUCACAUUGAAGAGGACAAUCUUAGGCGAGUUUCCAAUCAUAAAAAGUUCAAAAUCAAAAGUAUCCAGGACAUGGUGAGUUUGAAAGGCUCUGAUCGCCGCAACUUACUGCACUUCCUUGAAGAUGAAAAAUAUGAUGAAGUUAUGGCUGUAUUAGGUAGUUUUCCACAUAUCACCAUAGAUAUAAAGCCGCAAGUUUUGGAUGACGAAGACAGCAACAAUAUUACAGUGGGAUCGCUAGUCACUGUUUUGGUCACAUUAACGAGGCAAACAAUGGCAGAAGUGUUUGAAAAGGAACAGUCCACCUGUGCAGCAGAAGAGCAACCUACGGAGGAUGGGCAAGGAGAUGCCAACAAAGUUAAGAACAAAGGAUGGCAGCAAAAGAAUAAAGGAACCAAGAAGGCUUCAAAAUCAAAGAAAAAGAAACCUUUGAAAAAGAAACCUGCUCCUCCUCCAUUGCAGCAGCCAAAGCAGCAGAAGCAAAAGCAAGCUAAUGGGGAAGUUGUAAUAAGGGAGGAAGAGGAAGAACUUUCUGAUAAAGGAAGUGAGUCUGAUGAAGAAGACACUAACAGGGACUCUCAAAGUGAAAGAGACGAUGGAAGUGAAAGAGACUCCGACAGAGAACAAGAUGAGAAACAAAACAAAGAUGACGAAGCUGAGUGGCAAGAAUUACAGCAAAGUAUACAGCGAAAGGAGCGGGCCCUUCUGGAAACCAAAUCAAAGAUAACACAUCCUGUUUACAGUCUUUACUUUCCUGAGGAAAAACAAGAAUGGUGGUGGCUGUAUAUUGCAGAUCGGAAGGAUCAGACAUUAGUAUCUAUGCCAUAUCAUGUGUGUACACUAAAAGAUAGAGAAGAGGUAGAACUGAAGUUUCCUGCACCAGGCAAACCUGGAAACUACCAGUACACGGUUUAUUUAAGAUCGGAUUCGUUUAUGGGUUUGGACCAGGUUAAACCAUUGAAGCUGGAAGUUCAUGAAGCUAAACCAGUGCCAGAAAAUCAUCCACAAUGGGAUACAGCAAUAGAGGGUGAUGAAGAUCAGGAAGACAGCGAGGGCUUUGAAGAUAGCUUUGAGGAAGAAGAGGAGGAGGAAGAGGAUGAUGAUUAAACAGUACUAUUAAUUAACUACAACAUUUGCAUACACUGCAAACUUUUGGUCUAACUGUGGAACUGUACAAUAAACAAGAAACACAGUGCAAAAGCAUUGAGAAGCCUGAGUUUAGUUUCUCUUUACCAAAUGUGAGUGCAUUAUGUAACUUCUCAGUGAAGGUCAAACAAAUGUUAUGAUUGGUACAACGUGGAAGAUGCUUAUGGCUUGCUACAGCCAUUAAAUGCAGGAUGGUGCAUUUAUUUCAAUUGAAAAUAAAAUCUUUUUUAUUAUAAAUGUC